UGAUAAGAGCUCAAGUAAAGAGAUAUUUAAAUGCUCGAGAGGGACGAUGAUAUUUGGAAUUAAGAAUUGGGUCAUCAUAAGGCCUCAGAAAAAUUCAUAUUCAAGACGGGAAUUGAUUGAGAAAAGUUCACCUUGAUUAUAACGAUGCUCGUGCAUGGGAGAUGAAUAAUUUAACAUAGUUAAUGAUUGAAUCAUCUCUUUCCCACCACAAUAUACUCUUGAUUUUACGAUUAAGGUGUAACUCAUGUUCAUUUAAAAAGUGAUCCUCAAUCAGAUCUCAUCACUUGAUUGUCAGUCGUCAAUCUAUCAAUCAUCCUGGAGUAAUAAUCUUUUAAUUUGUUUAUUGUGCUGAUCACAAUCAUCAGAUUUAAUCUAAAUUAUUUAUCAUCUUACUAACUGUCAACUGUUAUCAUGAUUAAAGUUUUACUAUUUGUGGUUUAUUGUUUGAUUUGUAUUCCGUUUGUCCAUUCAAUACACGAAUUUCAUGUGACAAAAAACAGUGAGUGAAAAUCACGAUCUGAUCAAUUAGUCUUCUCAUGAAUCUUUUAUCUAAUAUUAAGAUUUCACUAAUUUCAAAUAUGGAACAAGAUGAAUAACUAUGAAACUCUAGAUGAAAAGUGUCAAAUUGUCGGAUAUCAUUGUUAUAACCUGGAAGCAUUUGAUAACGGUAGAUGCUUGGAUUGUGGGGACGAUGGUUCAAAAUGUACUCUUCCAAUAGCGACGAAAAUCGUUACGAAAUUUGGUCGAUUUACCGGUGAACACAAAACGAGAUAUUUUACACGUGGAUUGAUGGGAAACUAUUAUUACAAGAUCAGUAACAAACCUCCUCAUUGUCUUUAUAGUUAUGGAAUUGAGCUUCACUUAGAUCCUCAAUCUGAUUCAGCCUUUGGACUAUUCACUCUUGACAUCGAAGGUUCCAAAGGAAAAGUCAAUGGCAUUAAACUAUCAAAAAACUAUUCACCCUACAGACCUGGAGAGAAAUAUUUUUACCUUUUCAGUACUGAACAAAGUCUAGGACCCAUUUCAAGAGUAUCGAUUUCGUGCUCAUUUAAGAGAGUGGAUUAUCCCGACCAAAUCAUUCGGAAUCCUACAUUGACAAUUCAUCAUCUUAAGCUCAAGUAUUUGAGUAACAUUGAUCAAAGAAUACGUGAAAACGAGUCCAGAUAUUUGUGUCCCAAAUUUUUUUCAAGAAUCAUUUCCAAUAAUAGUCGAUCGAGCCUAAUUAACUGCCAAUGAACUCGAAUACUGCCAAAUGAUAUUGACUUAAUUCAAUGAAUCUCCUCCAUUAAGGGUCCGGAUACAUAAUAAUCGCCAACAAAAACAAUUUAAUAUCAAUAAUCAGUUAAAAUGAAAUGAAGAAAUUGAUUCAGAAACAAAUCAUGAAUGGAAAUCCCUCUGAAGUAAAUAAAAAGGUCCAAACAAUUAACUAAUGAAUGAACAUUGGAGCAAAAUUGUUGUUACUCUUGAUUUCUUUUUGAAAAAGGAAAAAGUGACAAAAAUCUUGAUUCUUUUUUCUCUUUUCACAAUUAUCACUUUUUCUAAAUCUAAUUAAUCAUGAUAAUCUUAUUCUCGAUCUGAAAUUGCCCAAUGAUUAAACAAUUAAGUUACUAAAAUGAUUUCCAACUUCACUAGUUACAAAUUAUUACGAUUUAUUAACUAACAUGAUUGAAACUUGCGAACAUUAAAAAGUGACUAUUAACUAACAAAUCUAGAGUGAUUAAAAUGUGAUCAUAUUAUCUAACAAUCAACUAAUCAUGAUAAUAAUAAACUAAUAAAUAGAUAAACAGUUAAUUGUAAUAACAAUUAAUCUUUAUUAUACAUAUCAGAACUGAAGGACUUCGUAUAAAAAGUUUCAAGGUCAUUAAGGCCAUUUCACGAUAAACCCAUCUAGAGGUCAUUCGAAGGUUGUUCGCGUUGAAGGUCAUUUGAAAAGAAAAAUUUAUCGAAUUU